AAAAAGCUCGAGCGGUGUGUGAGAGAGAGAGAGACACUGCCACUCCUCCAUUUUCGCUCGCUCAGUCGCUCUUCCCCAGCCGACGGCGGCCGUCUCCACCGACCCCGGCGAACCCUCCGUCUCCACUUCCCCGCCGCCGCCCUCCCGCCGCACCGGCCACCGGAGCGCCGCCCGAACCCCUAGGCGCGCGCCACAGCCGCGGGGCUCGGAUCUCGUCCCAUCUCCCCCCGCCAGGCCACCGGGCCACGGUCGAUUCGCUCCGCCGCCCCGGCUCAGUCCGCUCAGUCCGCCGUUUCUGUACGGACACGCCGCAUCCCGUCCUCUCCUCGCGGGAACGCCGGCAUUCGAGGUACCGCCGCCCGCUCGCUCUCCCACGCGGAUCUGCUGCUCCCCCUCGCUCCCUCGCCCGGAUUCCCCCGCUGCCUCCUCAGAUUCAUUCGCCCGACUGCCAGAUGGCUGGGAAGGAGGUAGAGGAGGCGCUGGGGUUCAGGGAGGACGACGCCAUCCGGUUCAUCUUCGGCGAGGGCGUGGCCGCCGCCGGGACGGAGGAGGACGGCGCCUUCGACAGGUCGCUCCUGGAGCUCCAGGUCUUCAAGGACGUCUUCUCCUCCAGGGGCGGCCACCAUCUCUACGUGGGGGCUGCUGGGUUCAUGGAUAGCGGUGGCGGGGGUCGUUUCAAGGUGGCCGAGACCUCGCUGCUACCCGGCGCCCACUUCGCCCCACAGCACGCUGAUGCACCGCACGCUCAAGCGGGGCCCAGGGCCGAGGAGCCUCUAUGGUUCUGUGGCCAGCGCGUCGGGGCUGGCCAGGCGCCUCGUGGAGCAGCAGGUCCUGGUGGGCAUUCGCAUUCUCCUGGAGAGCAGAACCGGCGCAUGGAUGUCAGAGUGGAUCUCGGUGUCGAGGGGCAUGCGCAUUGUCACACCGGGCGAAACGGGUACCGUGAUCAUAUGGAUGUCGGUGUCCAGGAGCAUGCACACUGUCGCAGCGAGCAAAACGGGGUCGACGGGCUGGCUCUCGAGCUGGAUUCCGUGCUGCAGGGUUUCUUAGGGUACUGGCCAGGUGAAGCCCCACGUGCAACCGACGUGGCCGGGAGCUGCAACCAGCAGCAAGCCUUUGACGCAGCGCUUGUUCAGAACAAUGUGGACAUGCACAUGCAAGCAGUGGUUCAGGACGGCGCAGCUGGGUUGUGCGAUGCGGCCGAGUUUGGUGGAAGCAGCAGCACCAGCGGAGUCGAAGAUCCCAUGCCGUCCUACGUCGACGCGCUGGCUGAGUUCUCGCAGUUUCAGAGUGCCGCUUCUCUCUCUGAUCCGUUUCUGUAUCAGUGGCUACAUGAUCAGCAGCCGUUCCCGACCGCCACCGCCUCGUGCUUAAGUUAUGAUCAAGGACAGAUGGUCGAUGCUAGUCAGAUGUUGUACACAUUUAGCGGGGCAGAUUUGUCUGAAAGUGGAGCCAGAGAAGAAUACCCGCUCUUCAGCAAGUCAGCCUGUGAUACUGCAGUGCCACCUUGCCUAUCCCAUGGCUGUGUUGGUUCCGGGCAGUUUGUAGAACCUGAGCGCAUUUGUGAGAAGGGCACGCCCGACGCGAAUGUUAGUUCACUAGAUGAUGCUGAUGUUGCUCAAUGCAGCAGUCUACAGUCCGUUCCACCUGUUUAUUCUUACAAGAAGACAUCAAGCAGGGACCUCCCCGAUCUGUUAGAAGCGCAUGCACAUUGCCUUUUCAAGGAUGCUGGCUGGAUCAUCAAGCCACGGAUAAGGAAUGACAGGGCUAAGAUUUCAUCCUAUUUCACAGCACCACAUAGGGAAGUGGUCCUUAGCUCACUAACUCAGGCUUGGAAGUUCUGCGGUAACAAAUUAUAUGAAGCUUCUGUGGGCUCAGAACGGGGAAAGUAUCCAAUGGAAUGGUCAGAUGUUGAUAGGUUUUGGAAGGACCUCACAGAUACAAUGGAGUAUAUCCAAAAGAUACUUGUGAACCAACAAAAUGCACUUACACUUCUUCAACGGUGGGAGCUUUUGGAUCCUUUCAUUGCUGUCGUGUUCGUCGGUAGGAAAAUUACUGCUCUGCAACAAUGUAAAACUGUCCGAGCUGUUGAUAGUUCAACCUUUGUCCUCAAUGACAACAGGAAUAUGUCCUCAGAGAAUAAAAGUGCGCAGAAAGCGAGUGAUCUGUUAACCAUCCACAAGGUUCAAUCUACUCCUGUAAUCACGGAAACUGGCUGCAGAAAACAAGCAAUUGAGAGUUGCAGCAGGAGUCAGGCUGUACCGAGCUGUCAUGAUUUGGAAGGUGGCCUCAACAGAGAUAUUAUCCUAAAAACGGGCCACACACAGAGUCAGAAUAGCGGGGCAAGUGACCGAAAGGAGAAUCAUAUUAAUGAAAGCACUGAAACUCAGCAAUUUUGCUCCGCAGCAGCACUCAUCAGUAAUUCGGCGAAGAAAGCAAGGAAGAAGCCCAAAGUUAUAUCUGAUAUUGAUGCAAAUGGAUUUGAUGAGCUGUAUUAUCAGAGCUUUAUGCAGCAUACUAUGGAGAAUGUAUUUAACCAGGAGAGCAAUGUAGCGAUUCUUGACUUUUCUAAUCCAGAAAACAUUAACUUCUCUAAGAAACAUGGUAUUUCUUCAGCUGCUGGCACAUUGAAAAAACAUUUGAAGCCUAAAUCCAGAUCAGCAAAGGUAACUGGAAACUGCCAAAGUGAUAAACCUGGCACGCUGUUGCCUUUGGAGGGCAGGAAAAUGAGUAUGUUAAGAGGUGAAGGCACUGUAAAAGAACCUACAGAGCAUGCAGUCUCAGAACCUGAUUCUAAUGCAAGGCAGCCAGGUGCCAAUGAUACCGUCCCCAUGGAAAUGGUCCACAAGAAGUUACCUUCAGGGAGCAAGCAUAUGGAUAUCUUAAGAGGUGAGAGCACCAUUAAAGAACCGAGGGAACAUACAGUUUCUGAACCUGAUUCUAAUGCAAGGAGGUUAGGUGCCAUUGAAACUGUCCCUCUAGAAAUGGUCCAUAAGAAAGUGCCUUCAGAGAGCAAGCAGAGUAUGUUAAGAGGUGAGGGUGCUGUUAAAGAACCUACAGAGCAUACAGUUUCAAAACCUGAUUCAAGUGCAAGGGAGUCGAGUGUCAAUGAGAUCGCCCCUGUAGAAAUGGUCCACAAGGAGUUGCCGUCAUUGAAGGAAUCAUCUCUUGGAAUUCACCCUAAGGAUUCACAUAAGGUUUCAAACUGCACUGAUGGUCCUGUUGAGUUAUCCCAUGAGUCUAGUGCUGCUUUCCUGGAAAUUGAUAUAUCUCACGAGUCACAAAUCUGCAAGACAGUCACAGCUAUAAGGAACCCGGAAGGUUGUUAUAAACAUGCCAAGAAGAGGCCCCGUGUGUUGCGUAUCAACGACGAUGACCUUCUGAUUGCAGCUAUUGUAAAAAACAGGGAUGUUGCCUCCUACCACAAAUUUGCUGCAAGCUCAGUUUUUUCGGGUGCAAAGUACAAAAAGCUUAAAAGCCAAAAGAGAGAUACCAAAAUGCUUGCUCGAACAUCUGGGAAAGGAGGAACAAACCUAUUGGGUGGGAAGAGAAUAAGUUUAGCGCGGAAAACUGUGCUGUGCUGGUUGAUUGCAACUGGCUUUCUGACCGUAAAAGAUGUUAUUCAGUACCGAAAUCUGAAGAGCAAUGAAGUUAUUAAGGAUGGACAGAUCACCUGGGAAGGCAUUCUUUGCAAAUGUUGCGCAAAAACCUUAUCUGUAUCAGACUUCAAGGCUCAUGCUGGUUGCUGUAUGCCUAAGUCCUCAUUAGGCCUCUUUCUGCAGUCUGGCAAGUCGUAUACACUAUGCCAGGUAGAGGCUUGGUCUGCUGAAUUGAUGAGCAGGAGAAGUGAUGCAUGUGGUAGGAAAGUCGAGGCGAUGGAUGAAAAUGACGAUACAUGUGGUUUCUGUGGAGAUGGCGGUGAAUUACUUUGCUGUGACAAUUGCCCAUCAACAUAUCAUGAAGCUUGCUUGUCUGCACAGGAGCUUCCUGAAGGCAGUUGGUACUGCCAUACAUGCACAUGCCAGAAUUGUGGGAAUCCAGUUAGUGAAAAGGAGGUUUCAGCCUCAGAUAUCUUGAAAUGUCUGCAGUGUGGAGAUGCAUACCAUGACACAUGCAUUAAGCAUGAAAUGCUGCCCUGUGAUGCUAAAGGAUCUGACACAUGGUUUUGUGGGAGAUACUGCAAGGAGAUAUUUAUUGGACUACAUAGUCAUGUUGGGAUAGAGAAUAUUAUUGACAAUGAGCUUUCAUGGAGUAUAUUGAAGUGCUGCAAUGAUGGUCAGAAGCUACAUUCUCCCCGAAAGAUUGCCCAUAUGACAGAAUGUAAUACAAAAUUGGCGGUGGCUCUUACUUUAUUGGAGGAAUGUUUCAUUCGUAUGGUGGAUCCUAGAACUGGUGUAGACAUGAUACCACAUGUCUUGUACAAUAAGGGAUCAAACUUCGCGCGCUUAGAUUAUCAGGGAUUCUACACUGUAAUCCUGGAGAAAGGUGAUGAGAUUUUAUGUGUAGCAUCUAUCAGGCUACAUGGGACCAAAGCAGCCGAGUUGCCUUUCAUCGCUACUUCUCUAGAUUAUCGACGUCAAGGGAUGUGCCGGAGACUGCUGGAUAUCAUUGAAAAGAUGCUGAGAUCGUUCCACGUUGAGAUGUUGGUCCUUUCUGCCAUCCCAGAGUUGGUUAAUACAUGGAUCUUGGGAUUUGGUUUCAAACCUAUCGAGGAUGAUGAGAAGAAACAACUUCGUAAUGUUAAUUUGAUGUUUUUUCCUGGGACAUCCUUGCUGACCAAAAGAUUGGAUGGGACUAUAACUGCAAAGCCAGAGAAGGAAAAUGGUGCAUGUAAUGUUUCUGGAUUAACUAAUGGCAAGUGUUUACCUAAUGAGAAAUCACACGAGCAUCUUGAACUCCGUGAACCUGAACUGCUAGAGCAGUUGAAUCCUGAACCUGCAACAAAUGGUUCUUUCAGAACGCUGAAACGUGAAUGUAGCCCUGCAGCUUGGUUCAGUUCCGCCAAGCUAGCUGUUGGGGAAGUGUGAUCUUCUCACAGAAUCAAAUAUAUGUCCUCUAUCCUUGGUGGUCGAUCCGCGUUAGCCAAUAGUCUUGCGGAUCUACGGCUGAACAAUUAUGUAGAAGCUUGUCGCUGUGGUGGUGCAACUAUUUCCAGCAUUGUUUGGAUGCCCUGCAGCCCAAAUGCCGUGCCGUGGAUGUUCACAAACAUACCAACCAGGCAGCAACAUUUUCUAAAGGCAUCACCAGAGCUAUCCACUCAAAGGACAUGCUCAUCCGCGAAGGAUUGUUGGACAGGAGAGAAGACAGUAUAAAGCAUGUGUAAAACAGAAACGAAAACAUAGCCGUUUGAUCUCCUGAAUCAACUGCUUUGCUCAGGGUGACAGACACGCGUUGGAAUCCAGGACUCGAGCUGAAGUAACCUGUCAUUUAAAGCAGGUGCAAGAUAUGGAUGCAAGCAAAUUGUAGAUACACUCAGGAUGUUCCAGUUCGAGCUGUCAGCAAACGAGCAGUUGCAGUCUGGUCUUCAUACGAGAACCUACGUCAUCGCUGAAGAGAACUCUCGGUAGUCUUGCGUGAAAAAUGCUGGUGAACUACUCGUCAGUAUUCCAUUGAUCGGAUGAACAGCGAUAUCUGUCAAGGCCGUCUCUUCCUGUUGGUGGGUGCAGUUCAUUGGAAACAUUGGAGGGAGUGUGUGUUAUAGUGUGAAUUGUAUUUGAGGAUGGAGGGAAUAUGUGUUGUAGUGGUCUGUUCUGAGUUCUGUGAACUGAAACAAUGCUGUUUGUGUUUGUUUUCCUAGUUGUAAGUAGUAUUAUUUAGAACCUUCUAGGUAUAGGUAGAUCUAAGUAGUGAAAACUCAUGAGGCCAUCAAUGUCCUAACUUCUAGCUAUGAUGUCGGCCUAUGUACCUACUACCAUAUCAAUUAAAUGAAAUCUUGUGCUUUUAACUUA